AUUUCCAGUUUCUGCGCUUUUCGAGAAGGUAGUGGACUUCUCAAAUCUCAUGUCUUACCUAAAUGGUUAGCACAAUAAUCACGGAAAUUUAUUAUUAAAUGUGAUAUUAUGAACAACUUGUGGUUGUGACUUGUGUCUACUGUACUGACAAUUUAAUUGUUCAACAUGUCUACAGUUUUAUUGGCUGUAAUUGCAGUGAUUUUGUGUAUACUUUUCCGAAUAUUAAAUGUGAAUAGCCAGCCUCACAAGCCUGUUAUUUAUGGCAGAGAUAAAAAUUUCAUAGAAAACAUUCUUUUUAUUGCUCCAUUUUUGAAUGAACCUUAUAUGCCUACACGUCUCUGGGGGUUUAGCGGCCAUGUGCAAACAAUCCUUCACAGUUUAAUAGGACGUGUCCGCUGCCCCUGGCCAAUUGGAGCAAGAAUUUCACUUCUGCUGCCUGAUCGAUCAACACUCACUUAUGACUUGUAUGAACCAGUUGGAACAGAACAUGAAGACGACGUGACGGUGGCCAUCUGUCCCGGCAUCGGCAACACGUCGGAGAGCGUGUACAUCCGUACGUACGUGCAUUACUCGCAGCGGCACGGCUACCGCUGCGCCGUGCUCAACCACAUCGGGGCGCUGCACAGCGUGCCAGUCACCGGCGCCAGGAUCUUCUCCUACGGUCACACGGACGACUUCAACUACAUGCUCGAGAAUCUCACGGAGCGGUACCCCAACACUAAGUUGGUUUUGGUCGGGUUCAGUCUGGGCGGCAACUUGAUCACUAAAUACUUGGGCGAGGAAAGGAGCAGACCGGCCAGUAUCAUCGGUGGAAUAUCUAUAUGUCAGGGAUACAAUGCUAUCGACACAAUGGUGUACCUCCUGCAGUGGCAGAACUUCCGGCGACUGUACCUGUACGUGAUGACAGACAACUAUCGCAACAUCAUCACGCGCCACAAGCGGUCGCUGCUGAGCGCCGACAUGAAGAGCAGGUUCAACCUGGACGAGCAGAUGAUCGUGUCUGCUGGCACCUUGCCCGAUCUGGACGAGGCUUACUCGAGGAGGGUGCACGGGUUCCCGUCGGUGGCUGCGCUGUACAAGUGGAGUUCGUCGUCGCAGUACGUGGGCGGCGUGCGCACUCCGCUCGUGUUCAUCAACGCGAGGGACGACCCCAUCGUGCCCGAGCCGCUGCUGCCCGUCGUGCGGGAGUUUGUCAGUUCGCACGACAAAACGAUGUACCUGGAGCUGGCACACGGCGGUCACCUCGGCUUCUACGAGGGCGGCCUGUUGUACGCCAACCCCGUCACCUGGCUGGACCGGGCGCUCGUGGGGCUCACGGGCGGCCUGCUCAUGGCGCACGACAAGGGAGCCCCAGCCACCGCGGACCACGAGCCGGACCUCAUCAGGUCGGCCACCAUUGUAUACAGGGACCCUCUCGAUAAAACACCACUCAAAUAAUAGCUGUGAUUGAAAGAUCUGUCGCGGAAGGUUCUCUUGUGUGAGCGUCACUAAAUUAUUUGUAUAAGGGAUCAUAGAUAAACAAUGAACUGUCAUGGCGGCAAACUAGUCAUUAUUAUAAGUCGACUCGUGACACAAUGUUGCCGACCUACUGAGGUUAAUAUGACAAGUGUAGAGUAAUAAACAAGGAUAGAGGCUAUGUCGGUCGACAGUACAUUAUUUAUCUGUGUCUAGUGUCGGAAGUGCUACAGGUGGGGACUUCAUCGAGUGGGGCUGAUGGAAUCUCUUCUCCUUUCAAUUACUCUAAUACUACCGCUGCUCGAGAUAAAACUAAUAUGUCUAUGUAUCAAGAUAAAAAAACCGUAGCAAAUGUAUGUCUGUACUCGCUGCUUCUCCUAUGAGAGGCAGUCCAGUUUGUAUGUUUAUCAACAAGCAUAUUAUUUUUCCAAGUGUGGCUAUUGGUAGUAUAAUAUUACCUAGAUCCUAUAUCGAGACGUAGCAUCGUCCGCCAAUUGAAGCGCCAGUAGACGGAUAACUGGCUAAAUGCCAGGCGGAUUCGCACACGAAUUCCGUUAUGUACUUCUAUAGAAAAAUGUUUUAUUUAAUUGUCAAGGCGGCCAUUUUGAAAUUGGGAACUUUAUAUAAUGUUGUUAUAGUGACGUGUGUUAUAUAGACACACUAACAAUUUGAGCUGACGUAAUUACUAUUACUAUAAUAUGGUGGAUAUAGUAAUAGUAAUUACGUCAGCAGUGCCUGAUCAAACAAGCGCAGGCCCGCAGGAGAUUGUUCCACCGAGGUCUUGUUCUAUAUCUUAUUGAAAAUAGUCGGUUACUGGGUGUGUGACGUGGAUGUUCUUAAUAGGAAAAUAUUGUUUCACGUUUUUGUGACAUGAAGUAAAUUCAAUAUCACAUCUUAACAAGUUUCACUCAAAAAGUUACGCAGAGAUGAGUGGGUUUUAAAUAUCGGAAAUACCGGACCGGAGGACGAGCGGAGUGUAAGUAGUAAAUCCAUUCCCCAGCCGUGUUAACCCAUAUUAAUGUUAACUGAGUCCAGUUGUUUUUAAUAGUCCACGGUAACAUUCGUGGCGGACAUUUCGAUGGAUGAUCAAUGUCACAAAUUUGUAAUAUUAUAUAGUUUUUGAUAUCUGAAUCACAGUGUGAAUAUGUGUGGUAUGUAUGUAUAUGUGAAUGUUUGAUAAUUUAUUGUUUACCUUUAAUAUAAUAUCGGCACGCUUCAUGUGUGAUAUUAUUAUAAUAUUACAAUGCGAUAUAUAAUAUGCAUACGCUGGAAUGUGUUCAUGAACUCUACAAAACACUUUGUCACUAAUUGAAUUAUGUUUAAGAAAUGUUUUUGUUGUAAUAUAGUAUAGUAUACAGUAUGACUGAUGAAACUCUGGCGAAUCUCAAUCUUAUUAAUAAUAAAAAAUUGCAGUUUUAGAGACUGCCGCGAGACGUGAAAACUCACGUUUUCACGUCUUGCUGUUCAUUUUAAAUAUUAAAAUUUUAUUAUUUUUAUUAACGAUUAAUUUAUUUUAUAACAUAUUUUCAUUAACACUAUUUCAACAAUGCACAGUAUUUAUAUUUCACUAAAUCCAUUAAAAUUUCACUUAUAAGGUAUAUACUAAUGUUGCACAAUACAUCAGCUGUAUAAAGAUUUUGGAGACGUGAACUCACGAGAUUUCACCCAUCCAAAAAGUUUCAAACUAUAUAUAUUUAUAUUUUUUUUAUUAUUUAUUUGUCGUUUUGCGCCAGUCAUGAGCAAGUCGGUGACGUGUCACUAUAUCGUGUACUCAGUGCGAGCGCGGGUGAUCGAUCGCCAAAUGUAACGUCCUCGAGUAUCGUUAGUUUGUCACCAGUCAAGUUGUAUGUUGUUUCACAAUAAUAACUACAUUAAUUGAUUUCUAUAUAAUUUAUUUGCAAGGUAUACUUAGAUAUAAAAUCAGACGACAGUCGUGAAAUUUAUAUUUUAUAAAUUAAAAAUGGUGUUAAUAUACCAUAAUAAAAAAUACAAUCUUUAUAUGGAAAUUAUUAAGAUUGUUUUUGUUUUGUGACGUAUAAUAUGUUAAACAUUAAAAUUGAGUUGUCAUAAUAUAACGUAUAAUAUAUGUCGCGAAAAAUGUAUAAUGUCAAAAUGUCAUGAAUAUAUUCCAGCGUACAAAGGAAGGCCUUAUGUUAUGUUCGCUUGAAGCGAUGUUAACCUGCACAAUAAUUGUUGGUGUUGUUGUAGAGUUGACGACAAUAUUAUUUAUAUUAUAUUGUUGAUAGUAAUGCCGAGUUCCUAUGUUAAGUGACGGUAAAGUGACGGGCGUUAAUAAUAUUUGACGCGUUAUAGACGAAGUAAAGACAAGAUCUGUAGGUAUGUUGAGUUUUAUGUCUGUAUAUUGCAUAAAAAUAGCGAUAUAUAUAUACUGCAGAUCUCUCUGAAUUAAAUAAAUAUAUACUUGUUUAUCAAACAUUAGCGCGGGGACGUCUUGCUAUCAAGUUAACCUUUAUUUUGUCUUGUCUUUCCAAUUUCCAUAAAAAAAUGAACCAAAGUAGCAGCCCCGGCACGGAUCUUGGCUGAAGAUGUCGACAUUAACAAAUCUGUUAAUGUUAACUACUAGCGUUCAUCACAAGUAUCACACACACAACUGUAUAUUCUCACUAUCAUUUCGCUUACCGCUCAAGAUGCUUGCUAAAGUCUUUACUGUUAUAUUCUAGUAAAUAGAUUGGACUUUUGUGAUUUAACACUGCGCGUUGGAUCUGGGACGGAGCCGUGACGUCAGCUGCCAGACAGCACUUUUGAUUGGUGAUUUAUUAAAAGGAGCUGACGUCAAAAGAUGGCGGUCUGUUCCUAUCUUAAUAAUCUAAAUCGCGCUAUAUUAAACUUUGAUCUGUCAUCUGUUGAUUAAACCUAGCGGCAGGCAGAGGCGACGUUGAAAAAAAAAUGAAGUGUAAAGCAAAGAAUAUGUCGAGUUUGUACCAGCUGGCCUGGUUUUAGAUGAAUUAUAUAUAAUUAUUAUUUAUUAUGAAUUACAAAUAUAUUUCUGUCUCGCUUGAUCACUUGAUCACUUGAUCACGAAGAGAACAAUAAAUGUGAUAUAAUUUGGUCCAUCUGGUUUGGUUCUUUGGCUACAUUUUCCAAACAUUGUGAUAUUAUGUUAUUGUUGUGUUAAUAUAUUUGGGUUUGUUUGGACUAAAUGUAUUUCUUUAUAUUUACCGCAUUUAUUUACAAUUUUGUGCACAAAUCUGGUCUCUGUGUGUUAUAUGAGAUUUAUUUUAUUAUUAUUACCAAUUAGUUACCGUUUAAUUUUAAAGUGCACUUUCUCAUAUCGACUUUGGAUAAUGUUAUCUGCUGUCAAAUUUAUUUAUAAUAGCAUCUGAUAGUGGAUUAUGUUCGAGUUUUGAUAUUUGCUAGAGAUAUACAGCGUAUCGCAUUUCACAAUAAUUUAAUGGUUGGCUUUCUUCGUUAUUUGACUGACAGUUUUUAACUCAUACACCGCACAAAUGUCAUUGUUUUAUAUUUGGAUCUAAUUUCUAAUUAGAAAUUCAAAAGUCAAUUGACUUUAUAUUGAUCUAUUUAAUUAUUGUUAGACCCACUACCAAUACCAUACCACCUCCCUACACAAUCAUAAUCAACUAAAGUUAUUUGAUUGAUUCUAUAUUGAAGGCAUAGCUUGACCGCCUGCUAACGGAUGAAGAUCAAGAUCGUCUAGAAACAAUGUAGAUAGGGGCGCCAUAUUACAUUUUUCAACGUGUGAUAAUAACAUAAAUAUUGUUUUAGUAAAUACAGAACAAGUCUACUACAAACUCAGUACGAGGUUCGAAUAAUUAUUUGUUUACUUUUUUUCACCAAAAACCACCUUCCCGUUUUUUAUAUUGAUAAAAUAUAAUUUGAAUCGUGUUACUGUUAUUGUUAUAUUUUGAAUAGCGAACAAUAUAGGUACUUGUAUGUUAACAAAUUAUCAAACUAAUGAUGAAGUUUGAUUUUAUCGAAAUAACACAAAUUGAGAGCAUUUUACUUAAUGUUUAACAAUACUUUAGUGUUUAUCAAUAUAAUAGAAUCUCGUACACAGACUACGUCUGAGCGUGUUUCACAAACUAGAAUUACCUAAGAAUUAUUUUUAAUUAAAAAUAUAUCAAAAUAUAAUUACUUGUUUAACUAUUUAUGUAAGUAGUAUGAUAUGCGCGGUGCUUUCAUUUUAUAACAUUAAACAUUCCAUAUUCCACAUGUUAACUAUUUCGAACCUCACUUUUGUUGUGACCGUUCCUAUUCCGUGUACUUGGUAACUGCUGCCCCUCCAUAUCCAGUCAACUUCUAGUGGUUCAGCGUACAACAGCUCGAAUGGAAUACAAUAUUUACGUUUCAACAGUCGUACAAAGAGAUCUAAAUAAAGUCACGGCAUAUAUCACUAUGAAAUGUCAUUUUAAAAUGCCACCGGCUAAUGAUUUCGACUUACAAUAUACUACUGUAUAGACAACCCGAUUACACGUGCCCAAUUAUGAUUUGUAAAUGUGUACGUUAGAUAGUUCAAAAUACUAAGAAGCUAGUUUGAAGCGUGUCUGACUGUUUACGACUCGACUCAAUCAGAAUCGGUUACAGUAACAAUAUAUUUGCUUUCCUUUUCUAUCUUGCUGUAUCUAUCUUCGUUAGAGACAUUCUCUCUCGCAGGCCUUUUAGUAUGUAUACGCUAGUAUAUUGUAAGUCUGUGUCAUCAACUACUAUGAAUUAAGAAACCUAGGAAUCGUAUUAACGGCCUAGUAAUUUUGGCAUCUUUUGUUAAUAAGCGGGAGAUGUUUAAAUUUAAAAGUUUAUUAAUUAGUACUUACAGUCUGCUUUCUUAUUUACAGGGGUCAUUUUGUAACAUUCAUAUCUAUUUAGAGUACCUGUCUCGCAAAGUGAGAAAUAAAUGAUUUAAAAUGUG